AUGUUCCGCUCGGCCAAAAUCUCGUCCGUCCGUCUGAAGUCUCGGCCAAAGUCCAAAACCGUCGGCCGAUCACGCAUCACGACCCGGGAAACUAAGCCCGCGGUCGGCCAAGCCACAACCGCUCACGCCACGCCGCGCACGACCAAAGCGCGCGAGCCGGGAACAAGCCUCGCGGCCGCGCAACCUCACUCGCGUACCACGGCCGAUGCGCGUCCGAGCCGGGAAACUACGUCCCGCGUCCGGCCGAGAAUUCAUCGGCCAAAUCUCAUCCGUCCGACCACGCGGCCGACCACGAAUCCGUCCGCCCGACCGUUCCGACUCGGCCACGACCCGAUCUGUCCGGCCGAUCGUCCCGACCGACCGUCCCAACGCCGCGGUCGACCCGAAGCCCUUUUGAAGCCCAAACUUUCAUAUUUUCAAGCCCGGCUUAACCCUAGCCGCCUCUAA